UGCAUUGUAGCCCUCCAGGUCCGUGCAUAUCUGACACGGAAGCCCUCGGAAUUCUUGACCGGAAGCAUUUAAGGGCGAGACAGUGUCAUGUCCAACGAAACUGUGAACAUUACUGAUCUGUCGAUCCCACAAUUACAGGAACUCGCCAGGCAGUACGAUCAAAAGAUCCAGUUUCUUUCUGCCUCCAUCCAACAGCUUAAAACCUUGCAAGCUCGAUUUGCUGGCUCUAAGAACUGUUUGAAGGGCUUUACUCCUGAAGCAGAAAAUGCGGAUAUACUGGUGCCCCUAACUUCAACUCUUUGUGUUCCUGGUAAGCUUGUCGAUACCACUAAGGUCCUCGUUGAUAUUGGCACUGGAUACUAUGCAGAUAUGACAAUCGACCAAGCCGAUAAAUAUUUCGAGCGGCGAAUAGAAUACAUUAACAAACACGUUCAGGAAGUCGUUCCUGCCUUGGAAGAGAAGUCCCAAAUCCAUCGGACUAUCUCCGCUACCCUAGAGGCAAAAGUUCAAGAGUUUGUUCGUGACCGUGCCGCCGCCAGCUCUUGAUAUCUAUGACCAAUAUGACCAUCGUUUUCACCAUUUCCUCUUUAUCUCAUUCAUACUGUUUACCGCUUUCUAUGGCUUUGUCAAUGCUCUUCAGCACCAUUUGUGCUGUCUGUUUUCACUUUCCUUUUCAUGGACUCUUCGUGAGCACUUUGUGUUCUGCCUUCCUUCACAUACUAGUAUGUGAUAUUGAAGCUUCAACGUCUUGUUAGCGGUUUUGGACUAUCAUUCUCACCAGACUGACACGUUAUGUUGUCGUUUAUUUCAACUAAUGUAUUGUUCAACUUUGUUCACGAUUGUCUGAAUUCCAGAGGUGUCGACAACGUUUAAUUGAAUACAGUUAUUUUUAACCUACAAUAGCAGGCAUGUAUACAUUCCA